CGCAGGGGUUAGAAACGUAUAAAACAACACAAAAAAUGGAGCUGCUCAUGUAAGUGCUUGGCUGCAGGAGCUUUAAGAAAAACACCAAACCCUGAGAUUUAUGAUGAAACCACACUAGCUGGCAGUCCUGUGAACAGUAUGGUUCACUGGCUAGGGCUGUCCCAUGAAGUCCACAGCCAGAGAGCUUCAAUAUCCCCUUUGCACUUCUAACAACCUGUUCCAGAGAGAUCAAAACUAAGGGUGAGAGGAUUUCGGUCCCUAACCCUAUUUAUCCUGUUACCUUUUGUUUGAGACUACUAACAAGACCGACAAAGUGGGCAAGUUUAUUGUGAAGUCCAUUGUCAAAUUUGCAUGGAUUUGGAGGUUAAAGGAGUUGCUGCGUCUCCUAGAGGGCAAGCUGAGCUGUCAUCAAGGGGGAAGAAACUUAGUCAGGGAUGGAAACAAGCAACUCAUGGCCUUCGUCCAGCUGAUGUGCCAUGCCUUGAUUUGGGCAAGCUGGGGUCUUCAGAUGAAGAGGAUGGAGAUUCUUAUAUACCAUACAGUAAGAGGUUUCCUCGCAUUGGCCCUCCAGAUUCAUCUUCAACUGUUAGUUGGGGUACACCAUUACAGACUCCUUAUGCACAGCAUCAUCAGAUACAACAGCUGGCUAGAAAACAUUGUCAGAAGAAAAUGGAGCUUUCUUUGGAGCAAAAGACAAUACCAGAAAAUCUGCCAUCCCCAACAGACAAAUACAAAUUAAAAUACCAGCAGUAUGAAGCAGAAAUGAAAGAGGGAUAUAAACAGUAUUCUCAGAGAACUGCAGAAAAGAAAAAAAACAAUGCCCAGUCUCAGGAAUCUUCUCAGAGAACUGCAGAAAAGAAAAAAAACAAUGCCCAGUCUCAGGAAUCUUCAAGAAAAACAGCACAUAAAAAGGAUCCACAGCUUGAAGACAGGACUGAUUAUGAUCUUACGGCUCUUGAUGAGAAAGCCCUCUUGCAGCAAUGCUAUACAAGCAAGCCUUACACAAUGCAGCACAGUAUAAGGAAGUUAGAAGCUGAGGAUGUAGCUGCAGAGAGGAGAAAGCAAACUGUAGUAGAGCAAGUGAUGGUGGAUCAGUUAUCUAGGGCUGUAAUAAGUGACCCAGAGCAAAGUACAAAUAUCGGUACUUACCAGAGAGAUCGGACCUUUGCAGAUCUUGGGACAGCACCAUUACGCUUUAGAAAAAGAACAUUACAUGAAACAAAAAUAAGGACCAGAUCAGCAUUAACGGAAAAUGUGCUUUCUAAUAAGUUACGCUUUGAUGGCAGAAUUCUAUCAAGGAACGGGCGUGAUGCUUGCAGAGAGCUGAUUGGAUUCUUUUUUAUGUAUGACACAUCUCUUACUGUAUAUGAAUAUCGACAAUUUGGAAAAAAUAGAACAAAUGCCCUACCUUUCAUUCAGAAAGGAGUUUAUAGUCAUCAGCAUGGACAAAGAAAAGGACAACAAUAUGAUCUUAGUGACUUUUAUGUUGGUGCUAACCUGACUUUUCUGAGUUGCAAUCUUAGCCUUCCAGAAAGUAUUAAACAGAACCCAAUACUUACCCUUCGUGUCACAAAUAUUGAUGAAGCUGCAAUGGACAUUCUAAAAACUACUUCUGUGGGAAUCAAGCAAGACAUUACCCAGCAAGAGAUUGAUGAGAGCAGAGUUUUCAAGGUUGUUCAAGGUAUACUUAAAGAGAAGCUAAGUAAAAGGGGAGUUCGUGUUGUAACAGGAUUAGGAAAAUACUUUCGAGAACUGGAUCGGAAGAGAGAUGGCGCUUUCUCUAAGGCAGUCUUUAAACGAGCUCUAACAGUAUUUCAUUUAGAAGUGCCUGAAAAGGAUUUUGAGUCUUUGUGGCUUAUUCUUGAUGACAACUGUAAUGAUGAAGUCGAUUAUGGGGAGUUCACUCGCGCCAUUAUUGGGGAAAUGAAUGAGUAUCGAAAAGCAUUUGUUAGAAAAGCUUAUAUGAAACUUGAUUUCAACAAAACUGGCAGUAUACCUAUGGUAGAUAUCAGAAAGUGUUAUUGUGCCAAGAAACACUCUCGAGUGUUAUCAGGUGAUGCCACAGAGGAAGAAAUUAAAUCUUCAUUUCUAGAAACACUAGAGGAUGCCUGCAGCAAUUCCGGUGAAGUGUCAUAUUGUGAGUUUGAAGAUUACUAUGAAGGAUUAAGUAUUGGAAUCAUGAAUGAUGAAGAUUUUGUUAAUAUUUUAAGGAAUGCUUGGGGAAUUUAGAACUGAAGAAUAUAUAGAAUGUCAAAAAAAAACCCACUCCAAAUGAGGAGUAAAUUAAGUGAGGAUUUAUUUUUGAUAUGAGUUACUUUUUGAAUGAAUGUUUCAAAUUUGUUUUAAUAGUCUGAAAAUAUUUGAGAGUAAAUUUUCAGAAUGGUAUAUAAGUUAUACAUAAAGCUCCCUUUGAAUAUUUCUUUUAUGUACAUUUUGUGUUUUAUUAAACUAAAAUUUGUAAUAGCUUUGUGCAUUUCCAUCUGGCAGCAGGAUCACUUGUCUCAUUAAAAUACUGUAGUUUAUUUUAAAAACAGUAAUCUAGAAUAUAAACAUAGGUGAAAGGAUACAUGCAAGAGAAAACUUACUAUGCAUCAUAAGUACCCGUUGUAUGUUGUAUUGUUAAGAAGCUUUAGAUUUGACUAUAUAUGUUAUAUAUGAACACAGUGUUUUUUCUCUAAAAUGUGUUGCUCAUAAAAGAGGACGUUUGUUUUAUGAAAUGCGUAGGGCCAGAUUCUGCUUGGCUCUUAUGUUGAUGAGAAGGAUGCAAGUCAUCCCUCUUAUCUCCCCCGAGUUGGGGAGAGAUGCACAAUACUAAAAAUGCAUAGAAAAUUAAGAACAGUGCAUACCUUCUUUUAAUGUUCUAAUUUUCAGAGCAAAAUACAGCUUGUUCUGAAUAUAUUUACUGAUCUUCAUCAGACAUAGUAGAUUGAACCACAGAUUCUCCAAAGAUUUUAAAGAGAUGCUUUUGACUAGAGUUUGGAUAUACUGUGCAUAUAGGUUGGAGAAAUGUGUUCCAGGGCCUGUAAUGUACUUCAGGCCUUACAACUUUUUGCUGAAUUGUUUUUUCAAACAAAUAAUAGAUUUACUCUUUCUAGAUUGUGACUUGCAUACAUUCUGCUGCUAUGAUCGUUAUUUUUGGUGGAACCUUAAUGGUAAACUCCUUAGUCCAAACUGAUAGGUUAAAAAAAAGAAAAACCUUUCUAAGAAAGCAGCAAUUACAACUAAAAAUAUUAAAUUACUAGUCCACACCCCGCUCAAAUUUUUCUUACUACUGUAAAUAUUUAAUCAGUUGUGCCUUUUAAUAAAAUAUAUUUUGUGAAUCCUGAAAGAUUCAUUGUAUUAAGAAAUGGAAAAUGCCUUAUUGAUUUUUUUCUAAUUAUAUUUCAUAAUAGUCUUGGUGAAAGAUAUCUUUAACACUAGGGCCAAUUUGGAGUCAGACUAUAUAUGUUCAGUCUUGUGCUGUUAAAAUGUAGUUUGCUUUGUACUUAUUUGAUUUCAUUUUGAUUUAUGAUCUGUCUUGUGUUCCGUGGACAACACAAGUUUCUUCUGUCAGACAAAACUUGUUGCUCACAGAAAUUUGAGGAUGACCUUGAGAUUUGUUGGACUUUGGUCAAUCUCUUUGUCAGGCUGGUUUAUUCUAUCUAUAUAACCUUUUCCUUUGCCUAUUUUUUUAACGCAUGCCCCCUUGCUGUCUGAUUGUUAGUUUCUUGUAGCCCCUCCUCAUUUUGAACCCUUGCUCAUUUUUAACAUCUCUUCCUGCUGUAUUUACUAUUUUUAUGUUUAACUGUCCGUUUUUAUAUUUUUAAUGUUCUUUCUGAUUUUUGUUUAUUGUAACCAUUUCCUAUUUAACCAUGUCUUAUGUAGCUUAUGUUUACCUCUUAACUCUUAUGUAAUUGUCACUCACUCCCUUUAUUUCCCCUCCCUAAUAAAGAUGUCCCUUUUCCUUUCACAUUACCCAUUGUCAUUCUGUGAUAAUUUACCCAUCAAUUCAGCUCCAAGUGAAGGUUUAUCUCUGUUCUUUUGGUCCACCAUAAACCUGUAUCCAUGUCUGCUAUUAAAGAAAGAAAAG